UCUGGGCCUCUGAUUGUUGAGGGGGCUGGGGGUGGCUGUCACUUGGAGUGGCCUGGGCUGCUUUGGGCCUAUCUGGGUGUUUCCUUGGGCAGGCAGCCCUCACCCUGUCCUUGAAAUGGUUCUGGCUGGGUAGCAGCCUCUAGGUGUUGUGGGCGAAAUUUGGGACUGGUUAAGGGCGGAGACAGGACUGAGAACACAGGUUUCCUUGUGUUGCUGGGGAGAGGGAGGGCAGAAGGAAAUUGGAGACCCCAUUUCCCCCUUGGUCACUCUCUUGCUUGGAGUCCACGAUGGCUGGGUUGCCAGUGUUCCUCGGUGUCCUCAUUUUGCUGUCUGCCUUCCCGGGGCCUAGUGUCGGGGGCCACACCAUGCCCAAGCUGGCUGACCGCAAGCUGUGUGCUGAUGAGGAAUGCAGCUACCCCAUCUCCAUGGCCGUCGCCCUUCAGGACUACGUGGCCCCCGACUGCCGUUUCCUGACCAUACACAGGGGCCAAGUCGUGUAUGUCUUCUCCAAGCUGAAGGGCCGAGGGCGGCUCUUCUGGGGAGGCAGUGUUCAGGGAGAUUACUAUGGAGAUUUAGCUGCUCGCCUGGGCUAUUUCCCCAGUAGUGUUGUACGUGAGGACCAGACCCUGAAACCUGGCAAAGUCGAUGUGAAGACAGAUAAGUGGGAUUUCUACUGCCAGUGAGCACAGCCUACCACUGUUCCUGCUGUUUUUUUUCUUCCAGGCUUUAUGCAAAUAUAUCAGCCAAGUGCAAAA